GCAGCUAGAAAUAUUUCUUUUCAAGAGCCUAUACAAGGACUAGCAUACCUGGAUAUAUCAAAUUCUACGACUCGACAUAGACAUCCCCACCAUGUCAGGCGAAAAGCGGCCAGCUUCAGAAUCUUUCAACCCUACAUCCCAGCUUGUCGUGAAAAGACAAAAAUCCAAUAGCGACCUCAAAUCCAAUGCUGUUACGCUGCGAUCUGGUCAAAAUGGCACAGUUGUACAAGCUAUUCCUAGAACAAGCGGGCUGGCAGCCCCAAUUAUGGAAUUGACAGGUCACUCUGGAGAGAUAUUUGCAACUCGCUUUGAUCCCACAGCGCAGAGUAUCGCUUCCGGCUCCAUGGAUCGUACCAUUAUGCUAUGGCGUACCUACGAACAAUGCGAAAACUACGGCGUUCUCACAGGACACAAAGGAGCGGUCCUGGAUUUACAAUGGUCCCGCGACUCUCGAUUCAUCUUUUCAGCUUCCGCAGAUAUGACCAUAGCCAGCUGGGAUAUAGAGACCGGGCAACGGAUCAGAAGACACAUGGGGCAUGAGGAGGCCAUCAAUUGCGUGGACAUCAGUAAGCGAGGCCAGGAAGUGCUUGUUAGCGGUAGUGAUGAUGGCUAUAUCGGGAUAUGGGACCCACGACAAAAAGCGGCCCUUGAUUUCAUCGAGACUGAUUUCCCGAUUACGGCUGUCGCGCUAUCGGAGGCUGGGAACGAGAUUUUCACUGGGGGCAUUGACAACGACAUCAAAGUCUGGGAUGUUCGGAAAAAGGCGGUCGUAUACUCAUUGAUCGGUCAUAACGAUACUAUAACAUCUCUCCAGAUAUCGCCGGACUCUCAGACCUUACUAUCAAACUCCCAUGACUCCACUGUACGCACAUGGGAUAUUCGGCCGUUUGCUCCUGCCGAUCGCUCGGUACGGACUUUUGACGGUGCACCAGUUGGGUUAGAGAAGAACCUCAUCCGUGCCAGCUGGGAUCCCAAGGGACAAAAAAUUGCUGCCGGCAGCGGGGAUCGCACUGUAGUAGUCUGGGACGCGAAGUCGGGUAAGCUUUUGUACAAGCUACCCGGUCACAAGGGAACAGUGAACGACGUGCGGUUUUCCCCGAACGAUGAACCUAUCAUUGUGUCUGGGUCGUCUGAUCGGAAUAUCAUGCUUGGAGAACUGGGUAAAUAGUUUGAUUCCGAAUAUUAACUAAUAAUUUGAUUCAUACUGGGGACUAGCGUGCAUUUGUCUCGAACAUCAAUUGGUAUCUAGCCUACAAAUCGUGCCGUUUGUCGCGGUCAGAUCAGUCGUCCUGAUACUUUGGUUCCUGACUAGAGAAUGAGAUCGUCACGAGGUGGAACGAGCUGCUUCAAGUUAUUGAUGAACUUCUCCCAGAGAAGCUGCUACACCGGUUUUUAGGUCAAAAUUGUUGCAGAUUCAACCUGGAGAUAACCGGACGGAAUGAGGCGCACGAUCCGUUUGCUGCUUCAUAGUCCAAUAUUUAUCUCGACGAUUCCCAAGUCGAUGGUAUCUACUCCGUACACAUAGCGUCGAAUGUAUCUUAAUUGAGUCAACC